CCCGGCAGCAGCUUCGGUUUCGUGAUUGCCACCUCGUUUCUGUACGUCCUGCCAUUUUCUUGAAAUUUAGCUCCUUGAGACCCAUCAUUGGUGGCUUAGCCAUGUUCCUCUGCUGAGAUGGAUACCCCGUGUUAAUGAAGUCAGCUGGAGGGGGGUGGAUUUGGGAGAAAAUGGGAUGUCGUGUGCUGUGUUAUCUUUAUCUCCUCGAGUGUGCCGGCCCUUUGAGCUGUUAAAGCCCGGAUCCUCAUAGUGAUGGCUAAGUCCUGCUUUUCAAGAUUCCAAAGCAUUAGCCACAGAGUUGCAUCACCAUUGUCCAAAAGCCAGAGGCGUGCAUUACGGUCCUCUAGAUCCUUGUCAUCCCUUAGCCCUCCACUUCCCCCUGCAUCUUCUCUCAUCCUUCGUCCCCCUUCUUCACUUGUACUUGCUGCACGUUUUAUACCAUCCGAUGCUCCCCAACGCUCAGAUGAGUGGUUUGCACUAAGAAGGGAUAAGCUUACGACAAGCACGUUCAGCACUGCACUAGGAUUCUGGAAGGGGACCCGCCGCUUUGAGCUCUGGAAGGAGAAAGUCUUUGAACCAGACAGUCAAACUGCAGAAGCUGCCCAGAUGCGGGCAAUGGAGUGGGGCGUGCUCAACGAAGCAGCGGCAAUAGAAAGGUACAUAAGCAUCACCGGCCGGGAAGUCAGCUCACUUGGGUUCGCAACACACUCUGAGGAGCGUUUUGAGUGGCUCGGAGCCUCUCCCGACGGCCUCCUUGGUUGUUUUCCAGGAGGUGGGAUUCUGGAAGUGAAAUGCCCCUUCAACAAGGGGAAACCUGAGACUGCUCUUCCUUGGUCCACGCUGCCGUUCUAUUACAUGCCCCAGGUGCAGGGUCAGAUGGAAAUAAUGGACCGAGACUGGGUAGAUUUGUAUUGCUGGACAAUCAAUGGGAGCACAGUUUUCCGGGUAUACCGGGAGCGUGGAUACUGGGACCUGAUAUAUGGUAUUCUGCGAGAGUUCUGGUGGGAAAACGUGGUUCCUGCUCGGGAAACCCUGUUGAUGGGAAGGGAUGAGGAGGCCGUAAACCUGUACAAGCCAUCAUCUACGCAUAAGCAAACAGGGCUUGUGAUCUUUAGGAGCGCAAAAAUGGCUAGCGAGGCAAAGCUGUUGUGUCGGGAGAUUGCGGGUCAUGUUGAAUUUUAUAGGUGAUAAAUUAUGAACGGUCGGAGCAACACAUUAGUUGGUUCCAAUAUAUAUCAUUGCCUGGAUUAAGUUCGGUCUCUAUGCCGUUUUAUUUGGCUUUUAUAAUUAGUUCUCUUCAUUUCGGAUGACA